AGAAGAGUCUGAGAUAUCUUUACUUCCCCAAAAGAAAUCAAAAGAUCUCUGAGAGCACAGAGAGGUGGUGACACAAUGAACAAAGGAACAGGAGAUUCUUCUGAUGAUUGUCUUCCAAAGUUCUUCAAAGUCUAUCUACCUGAUGAUUCUGGAGAUGAUCUGGACAUACCCAUUUCUUUCAACAGCUUCUUACCAAAGCCACUACCUGAGUACAUAAUUGUUAGAAGCAUUUAUGGAAACAUUUGGAAACUGAAGUUGAUGAAAUGUUGUGGUGAUGAUGUUGAUAAAGUUUCUAUGGUUAAUGGAUGGAAGAGAAUAGUAAAGGACGAAGAUUUGAAAGGUGGGGAGUUCUUAGCCUUCGAGUUUGAUGGCUCUCGUCUUUUCAACUUUUGUAUUUACGGCCAAGCUACUUGUAAAAGGCUUGGAAGUUCAGUGAAAACCAAAGAGAUCACAGAUGAAUCUGAGGGUGAAGAUGGUAAAUCUUGUGUUGAUGUCAUAGUCAUUGAUGAUGAUAGUACGGAUGAUGAUGAUGAUGAUGAUGUUAGUAGUGGACAAGGUUCUGGUAUGGAAGAUCAGUCUACAAAAGAUAUCAUAGUUAUUGAUGAGGAUACUAGCGAUGGUGAUGAUGAGACAAGGAGUGGAGUUGAGACAGAGAUAAUAGAGAAAGGUUCUUCUGAAGUCUCAACUAAGAGUGACGGUGGAGAAGGAGAAUAAUAGUCUGGUUCGUGAGAUCAAAGUCCAUGUUAUAAGUGGAUGAAGCUCUCUCUAUGUGUUACUUCCAGAAUAUGUAAGGAUGGUAAAAAAUCUUAGUAGUAGGUUUAAAUCAAGACACUAAUCAUUUCAGUACUCUGUUAUCUAUUAAAUAAAUCUACCUCUUUGUUGUUUGUGUGUCUGCAACAUGUAGUGAUGACAGUCUAAUAUAAAUAAAAUAAGCAUGUUGUACUAUAUA